AUGUCUACUGCAACGAAGCCUACGAAAAACCAGCUCCGAAGAGCGAAGAAGAAGGCCGCGAAACACAAUGAGGCGAGUUCUGCACCAGAUCCAGAGCUUUCCAGGGAACCAGAACCGGCGACAUCCAUAAUUGAGCCUGCAGCUCCAGCGGACGAAGAGCAAGAUGGGAUCUCUGAUGGCAUUGACAGCAUUAGCGAAACAGACCCUCUUUAUGAGAUGUACAAGGACAUCAUGGGCAGAUUUGAGCAGAGUGACAAGGAGGAUCCGUCUACGAAAGAGGUAGAAAAACCUGAGAUCUACUACGAUGAUGACGACGAGAUACCCGACGAGGAAGAAGAGGCAGGGCAACCGAAGAUGUCGAGAAAGAAGCGAAAGGAGCGAGACAAACUCUCGGUUGCUGAACUCAAGGCUUUAGUCGAGAAACCGGAGACGGUGGAUUGGACAGAUACCUCAGCUUCAGAUCCCCGAUUACUUGUGCACAUCAAGGCAUACCGAAAUGUUGUACCAGUGCCAUCGCAUUGGUCUCUGAAGCGUGAGUAUCUAUCAUCCAAGCGCGGUGUGGAAAAGCCACCUUUUGCCCUACCUAAGUUCAUCCAGGAAACCGGGAUCGCGGAGAUGCGAGACGCCGUUUUGGAGAAGCAGGACCAGGCGAGCCUCAAACAAAAGCAACGAGAGCGAGUGCAACCGAAGAUGGGCAAGCUUGAUAUCGACUAUCAAAAACUCUACGAAGCUUUUUUCAGAUUCCAGACCAAGCCAGAGCUCACCCGCUAUGGAGAAGUGUACUACGAAGGCAAGGAGUAUGAGACUAAUCUCAAACAUCUGCGACCUGGUGAGCUCAGCGAAGAGUUGAAGGAAGCUCUAAACAUUCCACCCGGCGCGCCGCCGCCAUGGCUGAUCAAUCAACAGCGCUUUGGCCCACCGCCAUCUUAUACUGCGCUUAAGAUACCAGGACUCAAUGCUCCUCCCCCGCCUGGUGGGGCAUGGGGAUUUCAUCCUGGUGGAUAUGGCAAGCCACCUGUGGACGAGUACAAUCGGCCUUUAUACGGCGGUGAUAUCUUUGGUGUUCUACAGCCGCAGCAGAAUACUCAAUUAGGAGAACCGGUAGAGAAGACUCUUUGGGGCGAACUGCAAGAGCCUGAGGAAGAGUCAGAAGAAGAAGAAGAGAGUGACGAGGAGGAUGAAGAUGGUGAUGUCGAAGACGUUGGCGCAGGGUUGCAGACUCCAAGUGGGUUGGAGACGCCAGGAGGCAUAGCAUCGACGGUUCCGUCCGAAUACGGCGGGGCAGAGAGCGUCACGGGUGAUUUCGACUUACGAAAGCAAAGACGGGGCACAGACACGGAAGAGUCUACGCACCAUCGGACCGCCUACCAGGUCAUCCCUGAGCAACAAGCAAGAGUCUCCGGUUUCUUUGGCGGAGAUCGGACGUAUGAUCUCAAGGCAGCUCAGAGCAGCCUGCCGGUCCUCGGUCAAGAGGAUCAGAACAGGAAGAGGAAGAAGCCUGGUGAUGUGGAUGUAGCCAUGAACCCAGAUGAUCUGCAGGCUAAAGACAAGUUGGACAAGGAAGACAUGAAGAGGUUAUAUGAAGCGCAGAAGCAGCAGGAUCAAGGCAACUAUGGGUUUCAAGAAGAUUUGAGUGACAUGAUAGCUAGCGAAAGUCGAAAGAGGCAGAAGAGGGACGAGGAAAGGAGAAGCAGGCGCUAG